AUGGGUGUGCAAGUGUCGCUCAUGCUGACUGCAUUUCCUUCGGGUGCCUAUGCAGGAGGAUCCCCUGACCCGGUUACCCAGGGACACAAGGCUGUCCAGAGCCUGAAGAAGAGGUCUGCCCCCUACACUCCAAGUCUGCCCCCAGACCCCAGGUCUGCCUUCUACACCCUAGGUCUCCCCCAACAUCCUAGUCUGCCCCUAUACCCCAGUCUGCCCCCAGACCCAGGUCUGCCCCCAAGCCUCAGAUCUGCCCCUCCACCCAGGUAUGCACCCAUGCCUCAGGUCUGCUCCCAAGCCCCAGGCCUGCCCCCUACACCCCAGGUCUGCCCCAAGCCCGGUCUGCCCCUACACCCAGGUCUGCCCCCCAAGCCUCAGGUCUGCCCCACAGCCCCAGGUCUGCCCCUAGCCUGGUCUGCCCCCAAGCCUCAGGUCUGCCCUCCCAAGCCCAGGCCUGCCCCCCAGCCCCAGGUCUGCCCCCAAGCCCCAGGUCUGCCCCCCAAGCUCCGGGUCUGCCCCCCAAGCCCCAGGUCUGCCCCCCAAGCCCCGGGUCUGCCCCGCUUUCAACUUCCCAAGAGUCAAGGCAAAUCAGAGGAGAUUGUUCCACAGUUCUACUUCCCAAGAGUCAAGGCAAAUCAGAGGAGAAAGCUCAAGUGA